CCACUAUAUCCAACAUAUUAUCCUUUUAACAGCUCAUCAAGAUAAACAUCUCUUCGUGAGACCUUUUACGUUCAUUCUGUACCAAGUCUCUGAAAUCCAGUGUGUAUCUCACGCUUACAGCACAUCUUGGCUCUAGCAAGCCACUUAGCUAACAUCUAGUGCCCAGUUGGUUAGCCUCAUGGGGCUAGUGGCUGCUGUCCUGGACAGUGCAGGCCUCGGGGAGGUGGCCUGGGACUCAGACCACGAAGCCCUCAAUGGCUGAGAGCAAGGAGCUGGAUUCCCAUUCCGACCUCCCGUCUGCCCGCUGCGUGUGUGCCAGCCCUCCUCAGAGACUGUCUCCAGGCCUCUGCCAGCUGCAACUUUCUGCAACUAACUUCCCACAACACCUCCCUUCGACCCACGCCUUCUGAACUCAUGACUAUUCCAGAUCAUUUCUUUUUCCUGCGAAAAACUCAGAUGUGCCAAUAUACAGGCAUGACCAUUGGUGGGUUUUGAAGUAAACUAAGGGGCUGGCACUCAGGACUGCUUCUCCCGAAAGAGGCUAGAAGAGAUGAGGAAAUGCUGGCGGGAGGGCGCCAUGUGCCAUAAAGUGCUUGGGGAAACUUGUUUCAUUUAUGUGAAUGUAUGUGUAGCUGUCACCCUGUAAACUGGUGUCUUACUCUGAGGAUCUUGGUUGAAGGGGGGAAAAAAAGCCAAUUCUGAAUAAAGCCACAGUCCCCGGAAUUCCCAGUGACAGACAGUAAAUGUGAUUUCUGUCACCGACUCCCCGGAAACACCUUUUGGGGAAGUGAGAUUGGGGCUGGGGUGGUGGUUGCUUUUAGCAGCUCUCUUGGCCUGACACCACGCAGAACUGAGUGCCUUAGUUUACUGGAAGGAAGAGCAGAAACAAGAGGGAAGGGGCCACUCCAUCCCACCACACCUGCCGGGCCUCUGCUUCCCAGCCAGCUGCUUGACACCCUGGGGCGAAGGCAGGAGAGGAGCGGGGAGCCUGCCCAAGGUUGCGUGUCCAGGAGAGGUGCUUUAGGAUUAGAACACCCAGCGCCUGAAGUUCAGACCCUGAAACUGCCUCCUGAUCUGUAUCAUUAGAAGGACCCCAUGGCAAUGGAUUGGUGGAGGGACAAUUUUUGGCUCAUCUUGGCUGUGGCCAUCAUCUUUGUCUCCGCGGGCUUGGGCAUCAUCCUGUUCUGUGUCUGUAGGCGUCUGCUUAGACAAGGCAACAAAUGGGCAGUUGCCAAGCCCUUGAAGCAACAGCAGAGGGAUGAAGAAAAGACAUAUGAGAAUGUUACCGACCAGUUCUCAGUUCAGUUACCCCCUCUGCCACCCAGGGGUAUGCUUUCUCCAGAAAAAACCUCCCCACAGGAAACCCCAAGUCUACCACCAGCCGCCUACUCAUCGGUAAAUAAAGUUCGAAAUAAGAAGAUAGUUGCCGUCCCAAGCUACGUGGAGCCUGAGAAUGACUAUGAUGACGUCGAUGUCCCUGCCAGGAUGGAAAAUCAUCAUCUUGAAACAGCCAUUUCUUCUUUUUGGCAAGCGGAAGAGGGUUCCCACAACUUGUUUUAAAACCAAGAAUGGUUGACCAUCAGUAGGUAUCUGGGUCCCUGGUUGACCAUCAGUACGUAUCUGGGUCCCGAAAGCCCGGGGUCAUGUCCUGGAGCUCUGUAACAUAAGCACUCUGGACUCUGAAGAAGCAUCUGCAAUGAGAUGACUGCAGCCCGAGGAAAGACGCCCAGGCUCAGCCCCUGAGGAUGGAGCUGAGACAGGCCUUGAGCGUCUGCGGAGCGAGGUUCCAAGCGGGGGACCCCUGAGUUGCGCGGCCCCCACCGGGAAGAAAGCCCCUCAGCGCCCGGCUCUCUGAUCCCUUUCUUUCCCCUUUCGUGUGGUUCUAAGAGGUCUGGGCGUUGACUGUGCAGAGUCUCGGAGCUCCCAUCCCCAGCACAGCCCCCAUCAAACAGGUGUCUUGCCCACACCAUCCCCACCCACCUGACCCAGAGGGGGACCGUGGGUGGUCGUUACAGCCGAGCGCUCUCGGGUGCGUCAUGCCUUGUGCAUUCUUCAAGGGCAGAGGGAUCUUUCCGUUCUUGAGAACCCUCCCCACCCACACCCCAACCCCGCCCAAAGCCCAGGACCUCUCUGUGAUGGCAGCCAAGCUGACCACAGAGAUCCGAGUUCUCAUCUGGGGUUUUUCCUGUGCUUCCUGGCUGCAGCCGUCACAAUCAGCAAAAGACAGAGGUCACCUUCUGGACCAAAGGACAGAACUUAUCCGUAAAGGUGUUAUUUUGCAAUAUGUGUAUUGGAGGAGCAACAGGGAAAUUGGGUUUCCCUGGAAAAAAUCAUGGGGAACAGGAAGGAAGCGGGUGAUUAAAUGGCAGAGUCCAGAUGAGAGUUGGGGGGAAUGAUACCCUCCUCAUAAUUUUCAUUACUGCUUCUUCCUUGGGUAGAGUUCUAAGCAAACAGCCGCAGGCCCCUCCCUGCCAGCUCCCUGUCCCUGAGCCACGGCUCUGAGUGCCAAGGGCUGCAGCUAAGGAGAUGGGGGUGGGGGCUGCUCUUCUGAUAAAUAAGUACCCCGGUGGGUUCAACGAGGCCCGAGUCAGCUUUUUGCCUCCAGAACCUCAUCAGCCCCUUCAAGUUGGUCGGCUAGAGCCCAAGGAGGACUUCGCACGUGCUAAGGAGACUCAGAAGAUGCUGACGUCUAAUCCCCAGGAAGUCCUUGUGGGGAGAGCACCACGACCUGUGAGAGAGCCCAGCAGUGAUGCUUGGCCUGAGCUCCUCCUCAAGGGAUGGACAGUGUGUUCCUGCCACAGUCAAGCUUCCUCCCUCAGCCACUGCUGGACCCAUGGGGACACGUGCUUCCUCCCCCACGCUCUCUUUCUAGACUCCUGGAGACUUCCAGCUUCCCAGCAUACUGCCUUCUUUCGGGCCAGUGGUUCUCCAGCUAUGGCCUUAGGGAACUUUGGUAUUUGGUGAGGCAAAGAGAGGACUCAUUUCUUAAAUUGUAGAGAGAGAGGGAAAAAAAAAAAAAAGAAGGCUAAAGGAGAGAAGUGUUUCUCACACGUGUGCUUUCCUCUUUUACAUUUUCUGUGAACCACCCGCAUCUAUGACAAUAAAAGCAAAGACCAGGGCCA